AUGGCUGACCGGAGCGCGCCGAGCUGCCACCUGCGGCUGGAGUGGGUCUACGGUUACCGGGGUCACCAGUGCCGCAACAACCUCUACUACACGGCGGCCAAGGAGAUCGUCUACUUCGUGGCGGGGGUCGGCGUGGUCUACAGCCCCCGGGAGCACCGGCAGAAAUUCUACCUGGGGCACCAGGACGACAUCAUCAGCCUUGCUUUGCAUCCUGAACGUGUGUUGGUGGCAACAGGUCAAGUUGGAAAAGAACCGUACAUCUGCGUGUGGGACUCAUACACUGUGCAAACUGUGUCUGUUCUGAAAGAUGUUCACACACAUGGUAUAGCUUGCUUGGCUUUUGAUUUAGAUGGUCAGCGUUUGGUCUCAGUUGGUUUGGAUUCGAAAAACACCGUUUGUGUGUGGGACUGGAGAAAAGGAAAAUUGUUAUCAAUGGCUCCUGGUCAUACAGACAGAAUAUUUGAUAUUUCUUGGGAUUUGUAUCAGCCAAACAAGCUUGUCAGCUGUGGUGUAAAACACAUCAAGUUCUGGAGCUUGUGUGGCAAUUCAUUGACACCAAAACGUGGUGUUUUUGGCAAAACUGGUGAUCUCCAAACUAUAUUGUGCCUAGCCUGUGCAAGGGAUGAAGUGACGUAUUCUGGUGCCCUGAAUGGAGAUAUAUAUGUAUGGAAAGGAAUCAACCUUGUACGGACAAUACAGGGAGCACAUGCUGCAGGAAUUUUCAGCAUGAAUGCAUGUGAAGAGGGGUUUGCUACUGGUGGCAGGGAUGGCUGUGUUCGCUUGUGGGACUUAAAUUUUAAACCAAUUACUGUGAUUGAUCUCAGGGAAACAGACCAGGGAUAUAAAGGUCUGUCUGUAAGAAGUGUUUGCUGGAGAGGAGACCAUAUACUCGUCGGGACACAAGAUAGUGAAAUUUUUGAAAUUGUGGUGCAUGAGCGUAAUAAGCCUUUCCUGAUAAUGCAGGGGCACUGUGAAGGAGAGCUGUGGGCUUUGGCUGUCCAUCCUACAAAACCCCUAGCAAUGACUGGAAGCGAUGAUCGAUCAGUCAGAAUUUGGAGUUUAAUAGACCAUGCUCUGAUCGCCCGGUGCAAUAUGGAGGAACCCAUUCGCUGUGCUGCAGUCAGUACUGAUGGAAUCCAUCUCGCUCUUGGAAUGAAGGAUGGCUCUUUCACUGUGCUUCGAGUUUACAAAGAAGAUCUACCUCAACUUAAAGAGCAAUGCAAAGAAAAAAGAAAAAGUGCAGCUUCUAAGCGACGAGAGCGAGCUCCAGGGAACAGUAUAAGAUUACAUUUUGUUCAUGGUUACAGAGGCUACGACUGUCGAAGCAAUUUAUUUUACACUCAGACGGGUGAAAUCGUAUACCACGUUGCGGCAGUGGGAGUGGUGUACAACCGGCAGCAGAACACACAGCGCUUUUAUCUAGGUCAUGAUGAUGACAUUCUUUGCCUUGCUAUUCAUCCCUUAAAGGACUACGUGGCAACUGGCCAGGUUGGUCGAGAUUCCUCAAUACACAUUUGGGAUACAGAAACAAUAAAACCACUCUCAGUACUAAAGGGCUAUCACCAGUAUGGUGUCUGUGCUGUUGAUUUUUCAGCGGAUGGGAAACGAUUGGCUUCUGUUGGAAUAGAUGACAAUCACACUAUUGUACUCUGGGAUUGGAAGAAAGGGGAAAAGCUUUCAGCAGUGAGGGGAAGCAAAGAUAAGAUUUUUGUUGUUAAGAUUAAUCCUUAUCUGCCUGAUAAAUUGAUUACUGUUGGAAUUAAACACAUGAAAUUCUGGCGUAGAGCAGGCGGAGGGCUCAUUGGGAGAAAGGGCUGCAUAGGUGCGCUGGGAAGAACCGAUACCAUGAUGUGCGCAGUCUAUGGCUGGACUGAAGAGAUGGCCUUCUCUGGAACUUCCACGGGGGAUGUGUGUAUUUGGAGAGAUGUGUUUCUCAUAAAAACUGUCAAAGCACAUGAUGGUCCUGUGUUCAGCAUGCACGCGCUGGAAAAAGGAUUUGUCACUGGAGGAAAGGAUGGGGUAGUAGCUCUCUGGGAUGAUACUUUUGAACGUUGUCUCAAAACCUAUGCCAUCAAAAGGGCUGCUUUGGCUCCUGGGUCUAAAGGUCUCCUCUUAGAAGAUAAUCCUUCUAUACGUGCCAUAUCUUUAGGACAUGGUCAUAUUUUAGUGGGCACAAAGAAUGGUGAAAUAUUGGAGGUGGAUAAAAGUGGACCAAUAACUCUGCUGGUUCAGGGUCACAUGGAGGGGGAAGUUUGGGGUCUAGCUACUCAUCCUCAUUUACCUAUUUGUGCCACUGUAAGUGAUGACAAAACCUUAAGAAUAUGGGAUUUAUCUCCUAGCCAUUGUAUGUUAGCAGUUCGCAAAUUGAAGAAGGGAGGUAGAUGUUGCUGCUUUUCUCCUGAUGGAAAAGCAUUAGCUGUUGGUCUCAACGAUGGAAGCUUUUUGAUAGUUAAUGCAGAUACCCUGGAGGAUCUGGUCUCUUUCCAGCACAGGAAAGAUGUUAUUUCUGAGAUCCGAUUUUCUCCUGGAGCUGGAAAGUACUUAGCUGUGGCAUCCUGUGACAACUUUGUAGAUAUUUACAAUGUAAUGAGCAGCAAACGGGUAGGAAUCUGCAAGGGAGCCUCCAGUUACAUCACGCACAUGGACUGGGACAUAAGAGGGAAGCUCUUGCAAGUCAACACUGGUGCUAAAGAGCAGUUGUUUUUUGAAGCUCCUCGUGGGAAGAAACAGACAAUUCCUAGUUUAGAGGUAGAAAAGAUUGGCUGGGCAUCAUGGACAAGUGUUUUGGGCUCUUGCUGUGAAGGAAUCUGGCCAAUAAUUGGUGAAGUCACAGAUGUUACUGCUUCAUGCCUCACUAGCGACAGUAAAGUAUUAGCCACAGGAGAUGAUUUUGGAUUUGUGAAACUGUUUCGCUACCCUGCUAAAGGAAAGUUUGGAAAAUUUAAGAGGUAUGUUGCUCACAGUACCCAUGUAACAAAUGUCCGUUGGACCUAUGAUGACAGUUUGUUGGUCACUGUUGGAGGAGCAGACACCUCUUUAAUGCUGUGGACUUACGAGAUGGAAGGACAUCGGGAUAGCAGGCAGUGUGACAGUGAGGAGUCUGAUCUGGAUUCUGAAGAAGAUGGAGGUUAUGAUAGUGAUGUGACAAGGGAAAAUGAAAUUAAUUACACCAUCAAAGCCUUAUCAACAAACAUUAGACCAAUGUUUGGAAUUAAGCCUCAUCUGCAACAAAAGGAGCCAACCUUAGAUGAAAGGCAGGGGGUAGUGAGAGGUUCCAGACCACCAGUUAGUAGGGCAUUGCCACAGCCGGAGAAACUCCAGACAAAUAAUGUUGGGAAAAAAAAGAGACCUAUAGAGGACCUGAUUUUGGAACUUGUGUUUGGGUACCGAGGCAAGGACUGUAGAAACAACGUGCACUAUUUGAAUGAUGGUGCUGAUGUCAUAUAUCAUACUGCGUCCGUUGGCAUCUUGUAUAACGUGGCAACAGGUUCUCAGUCUUUUUACCAGGAACACAACGAUGAUAUUUUGUGCCUCACUGUAAAUCAGCACCCCAAGUUUACCAACAUAGUGGCAACUGGCCAAGUAGGAGACUCAGCAGAUAUGUCAGCUACAGCUCCUUCGAUUCACGUGUGGGACGCGAUGAACAAGCAGACGCUGUCGGUGCUGCGGUGCUACCACUCCAAGGGCGUUUGCUCAGUCAGUUUCAGUGCCACGGGCAAACUGCUGCUCUCCGUAGGGCUGGAUCCCGAGCACACCAUCACCAUUUGGAAGUGGCAGGAAGGUGCCAAAAUCGCCAGCCGAGCUGGUCACAACCAGCGUAUAUUUGUAGCAGAAUUCAGACCAGAUUCAGAUACCCAGUUUGUUUCUGUGGGAGUGAAACACGUGAGGUUCUGGACACUGGCUGGAAGAGCUCUUCUCAGUAAAAAAGGGCUGCUGAGCUCCAUAGAAGAUGCCCGGAUGCAAACGAUGCUUUCUGUAGCUUUUGGAGCGAAUAACUUGACGUUUACAGGUACUAUCAGUGGAGAUGUUUGUGUUUGGAAAGAUCAUGUGUUGAUACGAAUUGUGGCCAAAGCUCACAACGGACCUGUUUUCACAAUGUAUACCACGUUGAGAGAUGGUUUGAUCGUCACAGGAGGCAAAGAAAGGCCUUCCAAGGAAGGAGGAGCAGUUAAGCUCUGGGAUCAAGAGCUGAAACGAUGUCGUGCCUUCAGACUGGAGACGGGACAGCUGACGGACUGUGUUCGCUCUGUUUGCAGAGGCAAAGGGAAAAUUCUCGUUGGGACAAGAAAUGCCGAGAUAAUUGAAGUUGGAGAGAAAAAUGCUGCAUGUAACAUUCUAAUUAAUGGUCAUAUGGAUGGACCAAUCUGGGGCCUGGCAACGCAUCCUUCCAGAGAUUUUUUCCUUUCUGCUGCAGAAGAUGGCACAGUAAGACUCUGGGAUAUUGCUGAAAAGAAGAUGCUGAACAAAGUCAGCUUAGGACACGCAGCUCGUACUGUUUGUUACAGCCCAGAAGGUGAUAUGGUGGCUAUUGGCAUGAAAAAUGGAGAAUUUAUUAUCUUGCUUGUGACCUCUCUAAAAAUUUGGGGGAAAAAACGGGACAGAAGAUCAGCGAUUCAAGAUAUCAGGUUUAGCCCAGAUUCUCGUUACUUGGCGGUCGGUUCCAGUGAGAAUGCGGUGGAUUUUUAUGACCUGACUUUGGGUCCCACGCUAAAUCGAGUCAGCUAUUGCAAAGAUAUCCCAAGUUUUGUCAUCCAGAUGGACUUCUCUGCAGAUAGCUCUUAUCUCCAGGUCUCUACUGGGUCUUACAAAAGGCAAGUCUAUGAAGUGCCUUCAGGAAAGCAGCUUGUGGACCAGGCUGUGAUUGACAGAAUAACGUGGGCUACGUGGACAAGUGUUCUAGGGGAUGAAGUGAUUGGAAUCUGGUCCCGGCACGCGGAAAAAGCCGAUGUAAACUGUGCCUGUGUCUCUCACUCGGGAAUCAAUCUUGUAACAGGCGAUGACUUUGGCAUGGUCAAACUGUUUGACUUCCCCUGUCCUGAAAAAUUUGCAAAACACAAGCGGUUUUUAGGUCACUCUGCCCACUUAACGAAUAUUCGAUUUACGAGCGGAGACAGAUACGUGGUGAGCGCUGGAGGGGACGACUGCAGCUUAUUUGUCUGGAAGUGCGUGCACAUGCCUCACUGAGGGAGCCCCCGAGCCUUGGGAGGAGGACGCCGCGGGAGGUGCCAGGCGCGAAACCCCCAGGACUGCGACGUGGCGCUCGGCCCUGCCCUGCCUGUGUGAGAAACGGUGCUGACCCCCGGGACGGGGGGGCUGGGGCUCCCCAAAAACCAGUCUCUCCAGUCCUGCAGAGGGGACGGACUGUAACUAAUAACGCUGGGGCCCUUUAGAUCCGCUUCAGCGUCGGAUAAUCCGGGUUUGUAUUUCACUCACUGCCAGAUGUUGGGAAUGGGAUGCGUGGAUGGAAGGAAAAAGGGAAUUGUUAAUCAAUGUGCAGUUCCACGGUAAGAUGCUGGGGUUUUCAUCGAGAGACGGUAUUUCUGACCUAGUGCUGUACGUUGAUCUAUUUUCAGCAUGAAUGUUUCUCCUUUAAGUUUUGGGGUCUGAAUAUCAUGGGGGGAAAAACAAAA